AUGGACGUGCUUUGGAGACCAGAGCACGAUCACAAUGUCAGACCAGCGCUCGAACAAGGUGACAUCUACCGACCCGACGUACUCGAAGCCAUCGAAGCGAAGAUCGAUGGGAUGAACCAGGAACUCAGGGACCUCAGUCUCAACAUACACAGUCAUCCCGAGACGCUAUACAAAGAAGUCCACGCACACGACACAUACACCGCCUUCAUGCGCGCCCGCGGCUUCGCCGUCGCCGACUUCCCCGACAUGCCGACCGCGUGGUGCGCGACGUUCUCGCACGGCUCCGGCGGACCCGUCCUCGGCGUCAACUCCGAGAUGGACGCGCUCCCGGGGAUCGGCCACGCGUGCGGACACAACCUGAUCGGCAUCGCGGGCGUUGCGGUUGCGUGUGCCGUCAAGGCGGCCAUGGAGAAGUUUGAUAUCAGCGGGGAGGUCGUAUUGCUCGGGACACCUGCUGAGGAAGACUGUUCAGGCAAGGUGAAGCUCCUCGAGAUAGGCGCAUACAAGGACAUGGACGCGUGCCUCAUGUGUCACCCCGCGCCCGGCCCGCUCCAUUCUAUCAGCUUGAGCAGCUCGUUCGCUCUUGUUAGGUACAUUGUCGAGUACAGUGGCCACAGCGCCCACGCGGCACUGAGCCCAUGGGAAGGCCAGAACGCGCUCGACGCCGCCGUUCUGGCAUAUACUAACAUAUCAGUCCUUCGCCAACAGCUCAAACCCACGAACCGCGUGCACGGCAUCUUCAGCGGACAGAACUGGGCGCCAAACAUCAUCCCUGACAACGCAAGGAUGGAAUGGAUUGUUCGCGCAAAGACGACAGCAGACGCCCGCUCAACUGCGAAGCGCGUCGUGGCAUGCUUCGAAGCCGCUGCUACCGCGACCGGAUGCGAAGUCAAAAUCACCGAAGUAGCGUCUGCACAUGAGCUGCGACAGAACGCAACGCUUGCUGAGGAGCUGCGAAACGUCGUUCGCAGGCGAUAUGGCGAGAUUGACUACGAGUGGGGCAUCCACAGCGCAUCGACCGACUUUGGCCAUGUGACGUAUGCGAUGCCCGCUCUGCAUCCUGGCUUCUCUAUCCCUUCGGUUCCUGAUGGUGGAAACCACACGCCUGGAUUCACCGCAGCUGCUGCCACUGAGGUUGCCCACGAUGCGACGCUGGUGGUAUCAAAAGCGCUGGCAGCCGUCGGAGCGAGAGUUUUGACUGACGAGGGAUUCCUGAUGAAGGCGAAGGCGAGUUUUGAAGAGGAUAAGAAGGCGAGGGGCGCACCAUUGUAG